AUGUGUGAAGCUGCUGAUUAUAUCGACAUAUUCAUAGAGAAAAAAGACGUGAACUUAAUAACAAUGUCGGUAUUGAGACUUAGAAUACAGUCUGUAUACCGUUCUCUCCACAUCAGCCGGAGAGUUUGUAAUUAUACCAACGUCAAGCUAACCCUAUUUUCUAAACCUCAAUGCGGUCUAUGCGAGGAAGCUCAUGAGGUUAUUAAUGAUACACUAGAGUCCCCCGAGUUUGUGAAGGAACCACUAAUCCAGAAUAUGGAAAUAAUCAAUAUUAACAAGGAUGCCAAAUGGUGGAAGGAAUAUUGCUUUGAUAUUCCUGUCUUACAUAUAGAGAAACAAGGUGACCCAUCUUCUUUGGUAAAAAUAAUGCAUCAUUUUAGGGAGGACGAGUUGACCACCGCUUUAAAGAAGUUUAAGUAA